CGGUACUUUUAUUCGGCCUCGGUCAAGUUGAACUUGACCCAUGGUACUUGCUGUCCAAUUUCGGCCGGCGAUGCGGUUUUCGCCUUCCCUUUUCCACGGGAGUUGUUGUUGCUUCGUGGCUGGACAGCGGACACCUGAUCUCCCACACGGUCAGCAGUGCCCCGCCACCAUGACGGUUUCAGCUUUGGGGAUGCGAGGCGAACUGGCCAACGAGUCCAUUGCUGCGUACCGACAACGGUUCCAAGCUCAGCUCGCACUGAUCGAGGUUGAGGAACAGCGCCAGGCGGCAGCCGAGGCUGCCCGCCUACAUGCUGAAGUGGAAGCAGCAACUGAAAAGCAGCGGCUUCAGGCCGAAGCUGACGCAGAUGCCCAGGUCCGCCGCAAGGAAGCCCAGGAUCUGCUGCAGCGACACGAAGCCGCCAACGUCGACAAGCUCAAUGCCACAUCAGCAGUGCCAGAUCAGCGGUGCCACGUCAGCAGUGCCAUGUCACAGUGCCAAGUCACAAUGCCACGUCACAGUGCCAUGUCACAGUGCCAAGUCACAAUGCCACGUCACAGUGCCAAGUCACAGUGCCACGUCAGCAGUGCCACGUCACAGUGCCACGUCAGCAGUGCCACGUCCGCAGUGCCAGAUCAGCAGUGCCACUUCCGCAGUGCCAGGUCACAUUGCCACGUCAGACAUACAGUGCCACGUAAGCAGUGCCACGUCAGACACAGUGCCACGUCAGCAGUGACGUUCAACACAGUGCCACGCCGGACACAGUGCCACGUCAGCAGGGACGUUCAACACAUUGCCACGUCAGCAGUGCCACAUCAGCAGUGCCACAUAGAGGCUGAGGAACAACGCCUUCUGGCAGUUGAGGCUGCCCGCAUACGAGCUGAAGAGGCAGCAGCAGCAGAGAAACUGCGGCUACAGGCCGAUGCAGAAGCAGAUGCCCAGGCUCGCCGAAAGGAMGCCCAGGAUCUGCUGCAGCGGCAUGAAGCCAACAGCAUCGACAAACUCAAGUACUGGCAUUUUCAACYGAACGGCGACGACGCAACACCGGAAGAAAAGCACAAGGAGUUCCUCUCCAAACUCGUGAUGCGGUUGUUGUAUGCUUGCAACUACCAAAGGUCAGAGUUGGAGAGACAGCAUCAGGAAUUGGCGACGCUCCGCCGCACAGUGCAGAGCCACGAGGAUGCAACUCGGGCACUCAAUGCCCGAUUGUUGGACCUGGAACAGGCAGUACCAAGCCGCCAACUGGAGGACCGCGUUGACCACGUAGUGGCAAUGCUCGGCGACAUCAGCACCUUCGCUGCGCCGACCACCACCAUCAGCAGUCAGCUGCAUACAUUGAAGACCGAGGUCCAGAAGCUGCAGUCGACGAACGCAGACGACAAUCCGAAGAUGUACAAGAUGCCAACUUUCAACCUGGAGAGGUUCGACGACUACACGCAGCAGGAUCCCGUCCUCUGGUGGGAAGCAUUCACAACGCAACUCAGGAUUCUGCGAGUAGCCAAGCAUGCGUACAUCGGCGCCCUGUUCCUGAACUCUAAGGGCGGAUGCCAGACCUGGUUGAGCCACCUGGCAACCUCCCACGGCGUCAACGUACCAGACUUAAAGGACGUAAUCACAUGGGAGGAACUAACACGGCUGUGGAAGAAGCGGUUCAUCGUCGACGACGCGCCGCACUCGCCAUCAACCGUUUGUUCACCAUGUCACAGGGCAACACARCAACACGGGACUGGCUCACGGAGUGGCAGAAGAUUGCGGCUGUGCCCAAUUUGAACCUACCAUUCGAGCAUCUACGCCGUGAGUUCUACAACAGGUCCUGUGCGGCAUUGAGCCAGG